CUAACACAAACAAUCACUAUAAACUCCCCAAUUUAGGCAAAUUCGAACAAACAAUCAAUGGCUGAAGAAGAAUCGUCAUUCGUGAGGAGACACUGGGAAGGAUACAAGGAGUUCUGGGGAGAGAGGUUCUCCUUCUUGGACAACUACUCGCCCUUCAUCAAGCGCGACAAGCCACUUCCUUCUUGGUCUCCAGCUGAUGUCGACGAAUUCAUUGCUUCUGACCCUCUUCAUGGACCCACUCUGAAGACUGCUAGGGAAGCAGCAAAAUUUGGUGCUGUAGGAGGCCUAAUUGGAGCUGUUUCAACUGCAGGCGUUGCUUGGAAGUACUCAAGGAGUCUGCAUGGUACUGCAUUGUCUUUUGGAGCCGGUGCUGUCUUUGGCUGGACAUUUGGACAGGAAGUUGCCAACCACUGGCUGCAGCUAUACAGGCUCGAUACCAUGGCUUCACAGGUUAAAUUCAUGGAAUGGUGGCAGAACAAGUUUGAAGGACAGUCUUAAUUUUGGCUUCAAUUAAAAGAUUGACGAAAUACAAGUUUUGCUUUGCUGUUAGUGCCAUCGAACAUUUGUUAUCAGCAAUAAAAAUCUGCGGCUGUGUCCAAAUUAUAUCCUGCCGACUUAGAAUUUUCGGGUGGUUUUUGACCAUGAGCUUGGCUGUUUGUUUACCUACUGAGUGGCUAUGAUGGUAGUGCAAUUUCUGGCAGUUUUCCUUAAGAUAAAAGGUGGGAAAUCACCAGCUCUUCAAUAAGUUUGCAGUUUGGCGUUGUUUUAAAAAUAGUUGAUGAUAUGGUGAAUAGUUGAAUUUUUAGUUCUUACUGAACUGUAUAAUGUGGUUCACUUGAGAUCUGAAUAUUCAAACCUCAUGAUUCCAUUGGUGAGAUCAAUGGUAUUGCCAAAAUAGAUGGUGUGAUUUUCGGAAAUAAGUUGUUUUAA